AUGUUUUUGGAAUCCGAGAAAGAAUGUCGUUCUGCAAUACCACCGCCACCACCACCUCCUCCACCAGCUCUAUCGUCUUUACAACGGAACUCCACUAUGCGUGCUAAUUAUUCGGAUCCAUCACUUAGAGGAGAUUCAGGAGUGAAACCUGUCAGAAAAUUAUCAUCAACAGUUUCAUUUAAUUAUAAAUAUAAUUUAAAAUCUCCCAGUAUAGAAAUGAUUACAGAAUUGACAGAUGCUUUCAAGUCUUUAAAAAAAUCUACGAACAUAAUCGAUGCCAAGAAUGUAGAUUUUUCAAAAAAACUUCCUGUACAUCGAGGCAAAAUUAAAUUAGCUAUUCGACAAAAUUCAUCUGAUACUUCAAAUAAUGCAUAUGAUAAAUCGAACAAUGUAAUGCCAUCGGUUAUAGAAUCCGAUGAUUGUUGUUCUGUGGACACAUCGUCGUAA